CGGAGCUCCCUCCCUGCCUUCAGGUUCCUUCCUCCUCUACUCCAUUUGUCAGUACCACUCGCACGUGCAGUCAGUCCUCUGCGAUCUCCCUGUUUCAUGCAAUUUAAUUCCUUACUGUCUGCCUUCUUCCUUCUUUACAAUCCAUGUUAGCUCAGAUCAGCCUUUCCUGAGGAUAGAUCUGCUUAGUGUAACGAAAGCCGGAGAUUGAGGAAGGGUUAGGUGGAGUUGGCACAAGUAGAUCUUGUUGCAGCCAUUGCCUUUUCCCUUCCGUAAAACGAUUACGACUUCUUAUUGCAUUCGGAUCAGAGAAGACUGUUUGUUUUCAGUUCUUUUUCUUAAUUGUUUUUGGGGUCAUGGCUUGUCACAGGGAAGGGAACCACUGUGAGGGUGUAAUUUGGCGAUGGUACCACAGCAGCUGAUCCAGCCUUUAGCCCACUUCCUGAGGGCAACUGCUAAAGUUCCUGAUGCUCAUAUCAUCACUGAACAUCCACCUUACAAGUUGGUCCGAGGGAUUGUUUGCACAGAAAACUCUUCAAAUCGAUGACAACAUUCUUUGUACGUACAAAAAUCAAGCGUUGGCUGCCUGCACAGAUCUUAAGUUGGAUGCCCUUGCUAUCAUUGGAGGGGUUAAAUCAAAUACGGAUGCUGCUCAACUUGCUGAGACGUUUGCAGCUGCAGGGUGUCCAACCAAGGUGGUUAGUGUCCCUGUUACUUCGAAUGGAGAUCUCAAGAAUCAAUUUGUGGAAACUAAUGUUAAUUCCCAGCUCAUCAGCAAUAUGUGUGCUGAUGCUCUUUCUGCUGAGAAGCUUCUCAUGUUGCCUUGGAGUGCACUCUUCAAUCUCAUCCCAAUAUGGUCAUUCUUGGUGAAGAGAUAAUAACCACAGAGUUAUUCUGCUGCCAGAGGGUCUAAUUGGAAGUAUUCCUGAGGCGUAUGCACUACUGAAGGUACCUAGCACUUCUAACAAAAUCGGAAUUGCUUCUAUGCCACAAAGGAUAAUGUCUUUACUUUAGGUUUCUUGAAUUGGUUUAUGGUUUCACAUCUUACACUCAUAAGCACAAUUGUUUCUAAAGAAACAUGAGUAGUCACACUCACAUAUGCUACCAUAUUCUUGCGGCAGGUUUAAAUGGUUACAUGGCAACUCUUACUAACUUCAAGAACCCUGUGAAUACAUGGCGUUGCGCUGCUGCCCCAAGCACAGUAUUUCUACUUCCAUCUAUUUACUUUCUAAUUUCUAUUUGAUAAUGCUUGUAGAUGGCAGCACCUUAAGAUCUAUCUUUACUUGGUAUAUUGCACUGACUUCCGUGAUCUGUGAAUUUUAGGCAAUGUUGACUGUGAAUUGAUGGGCACAAAGUCCCGGAGCAUCUUCAAGUGGAAAACCUGCUAUUCACCCAGCUACUGUUCACUUGAAUGGCAAAGCAUAUGGGUGAGUGUUUCCAACUUCCUCUUUUAAUCCCCCCUUGUUUUCUGUAUUGAGUUAAAACAUGGAGAUAAGGAUUACAACAUGGCUUCUACAUGGUUGUUGGUUGCUGAGACAAAACGCAGUGAGAUUCUUGUUGGAUGAUCUGUACAGAAACCCGGGGCCGCUUCAGUUUGACGGUCCAGGGGCAGAUGCCAAAGCUGUGACUUCGUGCGUUGAAGACCAAGAUUACAUGGGCAGAAUGCAGGAAUACUUGGACAAGGUGAGUUGUUAUGUUAUUAGAUCACACUUCGCUCUCAGUUUCUUUUCUUUCAUUUUGUUUCCUAGUGCUCAUUUGUAUAAAGUCAUGGUGGAAGCUUUAAUCAACAGGUCAUCGCUAAACCUGGUAAUGAAUGCUACUGAGUUAGAAUAGAUCGCACCUUCUGCCACAUUAGUUAAUAAUGAUUAGCUAAUGGAGUAGGAUUCUCUGUGGAUUAUGUACUUUAGAGGAUUUAGAAGUUGACAUUUUGUUUGUAUGUACGUUUCCAGGUUCGUACCAUAGUGAAACCAGGUUGUUCGCCUGAAGUUCUCAAGGCUGCUUUGAGUGUAAUGGCUUCAGUGACAGAGGUUCUUACCACCAUGUCAUCAACUCCAUCCAAUGGCCUCAUAUCCUUGUAGACAGACUGUCCUUUCUUGCGGUUAUAUUCUCUCUUUCUGCAUAUUUGGGAUGAAGUUUUCGAACAGAGUGACAGAAGAACACUUACCUUUUUUCCUUGUCAUUUCCUUUUUUGAGAGGCAGUAACUUAGUUUGUUACUAUAUCACUAGUUAAUUGGCCCGCGCUUAGCUGCGGGAUAACUUUUUUUACCUAUAUUUCAUUAAUCUCCAUCAAAUCAUGUAAUCUAAACAUGAGUUUGUACUAAUUUAGCCUCUAAUAAAUUUAAAAAGGCCAA